CUAUUGUCCAAUCGUCCCAACUUUGUACAGUGUUGUGUUUACACCUGACGAUUUGUCUCAUGAUUGAUAGAUCGUCCAGCUUUUGUACAAUGUAUCGUUACGUGUACCCGGGGCUUAAGAUUAUAUUAUUAAAACAUAAAUUUAUGAUUCCUUCAGAGUCGGCCAUGACAGCGAGAAGACCGCGACAGGAGAGCACGGAUGAUGAACACCUUCCCGUGACGUACAACACACAUAUUGAUGACGCAAACGAUGACCCCGGAGGAGCUGUCGAGAUUGACCGCGCUUCGGGCCCGGAGACUUUUCCACCUCUUCUAGAAGCUGAGGGUAACGACAGUAGUCAUUGUGGUGGAGUGGGGCAAGGCAGGGGUUCGAACCCCGAUGAAGGAGGUCACGUGGAACAGAAGCAACAACUGGGUGCUGGAUUCCCCAAAGACAGAGGCUGGGCGUGGAUGGUUGUGCUCGACCAGCCAGCUUUUAUUCUCGACCAAAAACCAACACGCUCACAUCCUCCCGGAACCACCCGCCAACUGCCCACAGUGAGCAGCUCUCACAGACGAUCAACGACUCACUCACACACAGAUACCUGGCCCGCGUGAGGUCCCUGUUUGACUGGACACUGCUGUGGGACCCUGUCUUCCUCAUCCUCGCCGCCUCUCACACCAUUUGUAGCUUCAACUAUCCCAACGUCUUCCUCAUUCUGCCAGCCCACGCCUUUCUGGGACGAACGGCUAGGCAAGGCUUUCAGUCUGGUCAACCUCAUCUCUUCUGUCACUGUGUUGACUGGACCGCUCAUAUGUGGACGACUAAGGGACACAACCGGAACCUGGGAAGCAGCUCUUGUGUUCUGUGGAGUUUCUGCCCUUUGUGGGGCUUCUCUUCUGCUGUUGUUUCCCUUGGCACAGAGACUCAAAGACCGGAUGGAAGACAGAAUGGAAGACAGAAUGGACACACAGAGACUCAACGACAGGAUGGAAGACAGAAUGGAAGACAGAAUGGACACAUAG